UGAUAUAAAUCGUGCGAUCGCUUCUGUAGGAAACAUUUACAAUUUGUUCUUGUCACGGUGAACAACAAACAUCUAAGCCUAGGAAUUAUAUUACAAGAUCGCUGUCACAGGUGUUCAUUUGGACGUGAAAUUCGACUUUUAUUUAUUUAAAUCACAACAUCACAUCUUCAAACAACAUGUACUCAACAGGCGAAGUCUGCAUUGUACCUCCCGUACCACUUAGCGAUCCGGACGCACUCAGUCUUACAGAAAUCGGCAUGGGCAGUACCCUCCUCGACAUGGACCUGAUCCAGCACCAGCAGAGACAGGCCAGGUACGACGGUCCCUCACCCACCUCCUUCAGCGGCGGCUUUGGAUUCCCCCCAUCCCCAGACAUGCAGACGUCCUUCUACCAGGAUCAGAAUGCCUUCCCAGCACAGCAGAUGGGAUCCUCCAUUCAGCAGAUGGGGGUGGACCAGACCGCCGAGAUUCAGGAGGAUGAGAUGGCGCGACUCGUGAUGCGGAUGAUCAUCCCAGAUAUCAUCGAAGACUGCCACAAGCACAACUUGGUUCCAAAUCCAUACUGUUGGACAGCAGAGGAAGUCCAAAAGUGGCUUGCCUGUGUUGUCAGACGUCUUGAGCUCGGCGAUAUCGAGAUGCGCAACUUCUACAUGAACGGACCAACGCUAGCAUCGCUCCAGGACGAAGAUUUCAGGCAACGGGCGCCCAAGUGCGGUGACAUCCUUUACAGCGUUGUCAGUGUUCUAUUAUCAACUCUUCAAUAUGACGCAGCACCACAAGUAGUACCUCAGGCACCGCCAGUGGUUCCCAGCAUUCCACAGCCUUCACAUUUCGGCCCCACGGCGCUUCACACAGACAUGGGCAUGCCACCAAGGUACAUGAACGCCCCCAUCUCACCCGUAGCCACGCCCGGAGACGAGAGCGGAAGCACGGGGUCACCUAGCGAUGACGAGAUCUCCAUCCCGUCCCCCGCCCCCAGCGGACCCAACACAUCCAUGACACCGAACCACACGGGAGGCAUCCAGCUCUGGCAGUUCUUGAAAGAACUCCUCCUCCAACCUAACUCCUACAGCUACUGCAUCAGGUGGAUGGACAGAUCACAAGGUAUCUUUAAGAUUGAGGAUUCCGUAGAAGUAGCCCGACUUUGGGGAUUGAGGAAAAACCGACCGGCCAUGAACUACGACAAGCUUUCCCGAUCCAUCCGGCAGUACUACCGCAAGGGAAUUAUGAAGAAGACCGAAGUGUCGCAACGACUCGUCUACCAGUUCGUCCACCCCUGCUAGGGAAUGGAAUAGUCCAUGAACUCUCGCGAUCAUGUGCAAAUUGAGAGAAGAGGGGAGCUGAAUAUACAACCCCACCCUGCACAUAACAUUGCCACGUUGUAUUGCCAAGUCAAAUCGUGCCUCGUCUUCAAACGCUGACAGGCGGCAUAGACUUAUUUUACUUGUUAUAAUAACAUCGGUUUUUAUAUGUAUUUUAUGAACUUUUUAUCAUUCUCAUUCUUGCCCAAAAGAUGUGUUACCAUGGGUACUAGAUAAUUGCAGUACUAGGGUGGAAUGAAGUGUCGUAUUUUUUUUUAAACCCUGAUUGUGUCAUAAUCAUGAAUCAUGUAGCAAAUAUCUUGCAAUUAUAUUAAGUGGAGGGAGCGGUGGACAUGGGGGUCUUUUCUAUGGAAAGGAUGGAUGUGUUUUCCCCUCAUUUUGGACAGUUCAAUAGAAGUUCUUUCAUAACUGUACUGAAUUCUCACUUUGAGGGUCCAUUCUCUAUCUAAUUUUGAUGAUUUUUUUUUAAUUCUCAUGUGAUUUUUGUUGUACAUAUUCUUAUCUUCUACUUGUAUCAUGAUGAUUUUGAGAGGAAAAAAGACUUUAAAAAAACCCUGAAGCACGUGCUUCAGCCUAAUUAUGUAUGUUCUAUGAACACGAUGGCACGAUGAGUGAAAACUUCAUUAAUUGCUUUAGAUUAAAUUAAAUCAACCCAUUUAGGCCAAUAUCAAUUUUUUGUUCUGUCUUUUCGAAAGACUUGCUUCAGUUAUUCUAGUUAACAGAGCAUGAAAACAGAAUCAUUGUAUGCUCUGUCAAAGAAUUUCUGAUAUGCGUUAAUUAUCUUGCUGAAUGCUGCUUGACUUUGGAUUUAAAUUAAUAAGCAAUGAACUUUGAAUUGGCGACAAGUUUAAAACUUCAGCAUAAUUGUAUCUUCAUACAAACUGGCAGGUUUUGUGCCACAUAAUGUUCUGUCUGUAACUGAAGAUACAGACAAAAAGUCGUAGCUUAUAGUUGCCAAUUUGAGGAGCAGCUUAGUGUUGCCAAUUUGAUGUCUUGUCCCAAAUGAGUUGAUUUUACUGAUUUCCCUGCUUAUCUUAUUUACUCAGAUUACGUUACACGUCUGCACAAUUGAUUACGUCUUUUCUCUAAAUUUCCUACGCAACUCGCACACAGAAAUCAAUUUUUACAUGGGAAUCUGUUUCACAAAAAAUGAUGGCUCUAAAUUCAUAAUGAUUGCACCAUUUUAGUAUUCAAUUUUCAUCACACUGGAGCUUUGUGGGAUAAUUAGGUGCACAUUUUCAAAGGUACAGAAUAUCUCAAUUCAUUUUUUAGUAUAGGAAGGUAUAUAUGCAGUAUUUUCAAGACGUUUGGAAAUGCUAUGGUAUGGUAUCAAGCAAUCUUUAAAAAAAGCAUGGGUGCUAGCUUGUUUUUUCAAUUUUUAUUUUUACAUCAACGCCGCUGUCAGAUUUCUAAGGUGUCUUUGUACAUGUAUGUAAAUAUAUGGGCUUUCGGUGCCUCUAUUUAUUAACUGUAUAAACGUCAGUUAUGAUAUUGUAUGGAAUGCUUUUCAAUGUUUGUGUCUUAAAUUGUUAUCAAGCGAAUUGAAAUGAAUCAAAUGAAAUGUGACAAGUACAUGGACAAGUGCAGCUUAAUGAUUAAGUGGGUGCUUACCGGAUAGUUAAUUUUGUUAUUUUUGUAAUUUUAUAAUAAAAUUGCUGCUUGCCUUUGAAAAUCAA